AUGGAGGACUUGUCUCGGUGGGUAAUGGAGGCCGGGUGGUGGGUGAGGAGGUGCUGCUGUGGGGAGGAAGAGGAGGCUGAGGAGAAAGGAAGACGGGAUGAAGAAGAGCAGGAGGAGGAGGAGGAGGAGGAGGAGGAGGAGGUGAAGAUGGAAGAGCUCAACUUGAGAAAGAGCAGGAGUUCAACUUCCCUUCCGCCGGCUGAGCUGGAUCCGGACCGGUCCAGCUCGUCCCCCUCGGGGUCCCAGCCUCACUGGUUCCACACCCUGCAGGUCCGACGGUUCAGAGUCCGGCGAGGACGCAGCAACAGUGACCCGCUUGGAGGGAACAACUGCGAGGACCACUUCACCUGGAAACCGGGUCUUCGGUUCGGAGCGUCCCACUCGUACCUGAGUCUGGAGAAACUCGGCGAGGGAGCGUACGCGUCGGUCUACAAAGGCAUCAGCAGGAUCAACGGGCAGCUGGUGGCGCUGAAGGUGAUCCGGACCAAGACGGAGGAGGGCGUCCCGUUCACCGCCAUCCGAGAGGCGUCUCUGCUCAAAGGCCUGAAACACGCCAACAUCGUUGUCCUGCAUGACAUCAUUCACACCAGAGACUCUCUGACCUUCGUCUUCGAAUACGUGCAGACAGAUCUGGCUCAGUACCUCACCGACCACCCCGGAGGACUGCACUCACACAACAUCAGGCUGUUUAUGUUCCAGCUGCUGCGCGCUCUGCGCUUCAUCCACAGCAGGAGGAUCCUCCACAGAGACCUGAAGCCUCACAACCUGCUCAUCAGCUACCUGGGAGAACUCAAGCUGGCCGACUUUGGUCUGGCUCGGUCCAAGUCCAUUCCCAGUCAGACCUUCUCCUCUGAGGUGGUGACGCUGUGGUACCGGCCCCCCGACGUCCUGCUGGGGUCCACAGAUUACUCCACCGCCCUGGACAUCUGGGGGGCUGGGUGUAUCUUUGUAGAAAUGCUGCAGGGGGCGCCGGCAUUCCCCGGGGUCACUGAUGUGUUUGAGCAGCUACAGAAGAUCUGGAUGGUCCUGGGCCUCCCCUCAGAGGAAAGCUGGCCUGGAGUCACUCAGCUACCAAAUUAUAAACCAGAGUGGUUUCAUCGCUCUGAGCCCAAACAGUUCAGAAGCGUUUGGAAAAGGUUGGACCAGCUGCCCUAUAAGACAGAGGAUCUGGUCCAGAGGAUGCUGAGGGGGGUCCCUGCAGCCCUCUCAGCUCAGGAUGCCCUGAGGCACCCGUACUUCAGCACGCUGCCUGCCCCCAUUAUGCACCUCAGAGACACCGUGUCCAUUUUCAAGGUGCCAGGUGUCCGACUGGAGACGGAAGUCAGAGACGUCUUCAACCGGGGACAGAGGGUCAAACCCUCCCUGCUGUCCGCCGCCAAGUUCUGGUGA